AAACAUUUAGCUCCUGUAUUUCUCGAUACUAAUAGUCACUCUCGUUUUGUUGUUUCCCAUAACACCCUUCUUCUCCUUUACCAACUCUCUUGAAAAAGUGAAAGGGACUAGUGUAAUUUCUUCAUUAUUGCUUCUACAAUCUUGUAACAAUCAUGGCUGCUUUUAUGUUAUCUUUGGUAUUUUUCUUGGCUAUCACUGGUUACUCAAGUGCUAGUUACUGUAUUUGCAAAGAUGGAGUAGAUGAAAAGAUUCUUCAAGAGAAUAUAGAUUAUGCCUGUGGAUCUGGAGCUGAUUGCACACCUAUCCAUGAAAAAGGUGCUUGUUACAAUCCUGACACUAUUAAAGAUCACUGCAACUAUGCUGUAAAUAGCUAUUAUCAGAGAAAGGGUGCAUCUGGUGCUAGCUGUGACUUUAAAGGAAGUGCAACUUUGACUUCAACUGCACCAGCUUCCACUGGUUCUGGAUGUGUAUAUCAGUCCACUGCUGGUGGUGGAAGCACAACUCCAACAACAGGAGGCACAGGCACAGGCACGGGCACUGGAACCGGCACGGGCACUGGAACCGGCACCAGCACUGGCAUGGGAACUGGAACCGGCACAACCACAACAGUACCAGGGACUAAUGCAGUAUUCGGACUUGGACCGACAGGAAGUGGCAUGACCGAUAACACGGGGAUAGGGACGGGGACUAUACAUCAGAGCAGUGUGUUUUUCACCAUGACCUUUUUAUUUAUAAGCUUGGUAUGCUUAAGGGUCUAAAAGAAUCAAGAAUGGGGAAAAUAUAAGGGACAAUUGCGCCUAGAUGCCUAAGCAGUAUAAUUUGCAUGAUAUUCCAAUUGAAUAGAGUUUUUGGGUCAGCAUGUGGACACAACUUUCCACUUGUUUUUUUUUUUUUUUUUCUGGGUAGUUUUUUUGUUUAUCAUCUACUUCUAAGUUUUGUCAUGAAAAAGUUGGAACUGGAUUCCCCUUUAAGAGGAGGUGGAACAGUUUGUAAGUUGAAAA